AUGGUGCUUUUUUACACGUCCGCGGCGGUGGAUCCGCCGGUGACGCUGUAUAUGGGUCGUGAUAAAGUGGAAAAUAUUCCUGAUCCGCUGUUGGAAGACUGUGCUCAGCUUGUAAAGGCGAACUCAAUCCAAGGAAACAAGAAAAACAAUAUUACCAUUAUCUACACACCACACGCGAACGUCAAGAAAACGGGCGAUAUGGCAGUCGGUGCCGUCACAUUUUUUAAUGACCAGCGAGUGAAACGAUUUUAUGUAAAGGAACGUGAGAAUGCCAUUGUCAAUCGACUCAACAAAACGCGCGUGGAGCGGCAAAUCGACUACGCGGCGGAGCGGCAGGAACGCGAACGUGCUCUGGGACGCAAAAAAAAGGAGUUUGCGUUGCAACAGGUAUGUCGCCAUUCGAUUAACGACGAGAAAAGAGAGAUUACAGAGGCGAAGCAACGGCGCAACGAGGACGCUAGCGCACGCGACUAUUCCAGUUUGUACUCCGAGGAGGCCAUUGCAGAAAAAAGGCGAGAAGACCAGCGCCGCGCACGAAUCAAAUCCGCAACGAAGCCGAAACCUGCAGACGAUGUCGCAAAUCUGUUGGGCACUGGCGUCGAGGACGCGCCUGCCGACGAAAGUGACGAUUCCUUUAUGUAG